AUGGUCAGGAUGAUCGAGUCUGUAAAAUUGAAAGUAGAUAUAUAUCUAACAUGACAAGCAACUUGCAAGAAACUGAUAGGAUUGUAGAAAACUUGGCACAAAUUGAGGAAGUCGCAGAAGAUAUUUUGGCUGAUAAACAACACCUCAUUGAAUUUGAUUUAAGAAGAAAUAAAACAAGAGAAGCUCUUAGAUGUUUACAGAAAGACAAGACAGCCAAAAAAUCAUGGAUGUGUGUUGGCAAUAUGUUUAUAAAAAUGCCUCGAGUGACUGCCAUCAGUAUGCUAGAAAAAGAUUUUAGUCAGUUAGAAAAUGAAAUUAAAGAUACACGGAAUGAACUGAAACCAAAAGUAGAUAAAUUACGUGAUUUACAAAAUCAAGACGGUGUAAAAGGUUUUGGACUACAGCCUUUAAAUAGAGAAGAAGUUAAAGCAGUUGAAAGACUUUUAUGAGAUUCUUUUAAGAUGAUUAUUCGAACCUUAAAACUUUAUGUAAAUAUUGUGUGCUUAUAUAGUAGCCUAAAAAUUUGUUACAAAAAUAAAAUGUUAUUCAUAUAAAAAUUCUAGCCUUAAUAAGGCCACAAAAAAUAAGAAAACUGGUGAUUGUCUGACCGGAGAAAUCCAGCUAAAAUAUGAAAUUGUCACAAUGGCCUUCCGUCAAACUUUCUUUGUGAACGCGCUACACACUAUAGAUCUUUUUUUUCAAAUUGCAGUGAUUUUUUUAAAACUUGGUGAGAUUUUCCAUUGAUGUAUAAGGAAAACCCCUAUUAAAUAUGAAACAAGCCAACAGUGAGGCUGAUGUCCCCACCGAAAUCCCGAAAUAAAUAGAUGACACAUAUUAA